AUGUCUUCACUACAGAGUAUUCCAUUUAUAGUACUAUUCUUCUAUUCCUUUUUCAACGUCGGACAACAACAUUCAGUUCAAGCGACAAGUGAACACAACACCUCGAACACUGAUGAUAUUGCUAUUGCUAAAUGGAAAUUUCAUGAAUUCUCUAUGCAUAUCACUGUAAUGCUUUUUCUAUUCAUCUUAAUUCUAAUCAAAAUCGCUUAUCAUCAUAUCCCGUAUAUAUCAGAUUAUGUUCCAGAAUCACUAGUAUUGAUUAUUAUCGGUAUCACCUUCGGUGGGAUUGUUAUUUAUGAAAUUGAAGAAAAGACUGGAUUAAUAGAUCCUAAGGUGUGGAAAUUCACCCCGGAAUUAUUCUCCUAUUAUCUACUACCACCGAUUAUCUUAGAGUCAGCGUAUAACCUGUACAACAGAACAUUCUCUGAAUAUCUCGGUGUUGUAUUAUUGUUUUCUGUGCUGGGUACAGUGUUCAACUUUCUGAUUAUCGGUUUCUCUAUGUAUAUACUAUUCGCUGCCGGUCUGCUAGGCUAUCCAGUGUUACAUUUCGAUGUGAAAGGCUUCCUACUGUUCAGUUCGCUGAUUGUCGCUGUAGAUCCUGUUGCUGUGCUGGCCAUCUUUCAAGAUAUUGGCGUGGAGUUAAGCCUGUAUUAUAUUGUCUUUGGUGAAUCACUGUUCAAUGAUGCAAUCACUAUUGUCCUUUAUGAUAUUAUGGUAGCUUUCACGGGAAAAGAAGAAAUCACUGGUCAUCAAGUCUUUAUUGGUAUUUUAUCCUUUUUCACUGUAAGUUUCGGCGGUCUGAUUAUCGGUGUCCUGUUCGGUGUGUUGACAUGUGUAGUGACACGGGUACGUAGUCAUUUAACUGUCUUCACUAUGCUUUUACUUGCUUAUUUCUCUUACAUUAUGGCUGAUUGUGUUGGUUGGUCUGGGAUCAUAUCAAUGAUUGGCUGUGGAUUAGUACAGGCUGCUUAUGCAUUUCAUAAUAUCGGUGAAAAACACGUGAAAAGUGUUCAUUUAUUCACGAAAAUGUUAUCCGAAGUCAGUGAAGCUGUCAUCUUUCUAUUCUUAGGCAUACAAGUUGUUUCAUAUAAACUUGAAUGGCAUACUGGUUUUAUUCUAUGGGGACUGAUACUAUGCCUGGUGUCCAGGUCAAUAGUUAUAUUUAGUAUUACAGCUAUAGUGAAUUAUGUAAAUAUUGAUGAGACAAAAAUUACACUAGCUCAACAAAUUGUUCUCAUCUACGGUGGUCUACGUGGUGCUGUCGCAUUCGCCUUGGCUGUACUCAUCUCAGAGAAUAAAUUCCCAAUCAACGGAGAGUAUCAUAAGAAUGUGAUUGUCACUGCAACACUGUUUAUCAUUUUAUUCACAGUUGGAUUUAUGGGAAUGACAACAAAACCAUUGGUGAAAUUAUUAAAAAUACGUAAACGUGAUAAACAAACUUUGAGUUUAUUCACUAUACUGAAUAAAAGUAUUAUCGAUCAAACAUUGACAGGUAUCGAGACACUGACUGGAUCUAGAGGUCGUAAUGCUGUUCGUGGGUUUUUUAUGCGUAUUGAUGAAAAGUACAUUCGACGUUUAUUACAACGUAAUCCUGAACGUUAUGAUGAAAAAAUAUUGAAAGUCUAUGAGCAUAUUGCUUUAAAAUUAUUAUAUGCUUCAAUGCGUCCUCAAGAUACGGAGAAUAUUUUAAAAAAGAUACCUGAAGGUUUGAAGUUGAAUCAAAGCCAUUAUCCAUACGAUCAACAAGAGCAACAGCUUCAGCAGCAGUUGCAGCUGCAGUUUCUUAAUUAUCAACAACUAAAUCAUGACACAAGCAGUAAUACAGUCAAUGCAUUGAGUGGUGUUACACAAGAAUGGAUUAAUCGAACAAACAUGUAUAUUGUACCACCAGCAGAUGACUUCUAUCCACACGAUUAUCAACAUUAUCAACAUCCUGUGGAUAAUAUGCCCAGGGAUGAUUCUUUUCUGUCAGCUGGACAAAUGAUGAUGAAUAGUUUAGGCGGGAGUGGAAUACACUAUCCAAAAAUAUCGUUUCACUUGACCGAUGCUUCACUUGAUCGUCUUGGUGAAUACUCCCUGGCCAGACCAAAACAACAAAUUGAUUUUAAUGAAGCCUUUACCGAUUUAUUACAUGCUCGGAGUGAAAAUGCGCUGAGUCAAGCUAAACACAAUUUGAAAGUUAACGCAGGUGAUGAUGAUGAUGAUAUUGGCGGCACCGGCGGCACCGGUGGUGGCGGCGACAAGGAUGUUAAAAUUCAUUCUAAAGAAGGAAUACACAAGAAGGAUAAUCAGUUACGUGACGAAGAUAAACAUCAGUCUAAACAAUUAACAGAUGAAAAUAAGGUUAAGACAAAAGGGAACAGCCUUCAGAAAACUGGAACAAAUGUGCAGCAAUCCUCAAAUCCACCCGCUGAUAUAGAGAUGCACACAAUCCAUCCAACAGAAUCAGUAGACUCUCGAAUAAAAGAUCUUCGGAAGCAUGAAUUAAAAGACGUCGAUAAAGAUGUUUAA